CUCGCGCAUGUGUCUGCCUGCGAGACAGAACCGUCACAGCUUCGCGCGGCGACGCUCAGUCUCGUUCCUUCCAAACUCGCGGCGAUAUACGGACAAUUAUCCCAUCAGCGAUUUUUCAAAAAUACCACUCCUCGUGUAUCUGUUACCCGGUGAAUUCAGUGAAUACAAAAAUCCCCGAGUUAAACAAUUCCCCCUCCCCCGACUAAUUUUUUCAAUCAAAUAAAACCUUCCACUCUCGUUUUCUCAUUUUAAUUCGUACAAGUGACGCGGAGAAUUUAUAUUCAAAUAUGUGGAAAAAAAAAUUGCCGGCAAUUGUUGAAUAAAAAAAAGUGACGAACAAAUGGUGACAGAUUGCCCGGCAAUAGAGAAUUCAAACUGACGUGCGCCCUGCGGCCGGCCGAGACACACGUCAAUUUCACUAAUGGACAUUGGACGAAAGUCACCAGUCUCCGGACAGAUUACAAUGUCCCAGUGAAAUGGUGCAGUGUUGAUAUCUCUGGAGCGAAAAAAAAAAUUAAUGUUUCUUCCAUGAGAGAAUGUCAUCAACUCUGGUACUGAAAGCAUCGUUAAUGAGUAGAAAUUCAACAGAGAGUGCAGGGUUUUAAUGAGGACACACUGAAAAUGGGAAAUUUACGGUUGGCAAAUAUCGCUGUGGUAAUCAUUACAGUAAUUACCGGUGUAAGCAGCCUGCGGAAUGUGAGACUGGAAAUGAUACCGGAGGUGGUUGAACGUGGUCACGAAGUAACUCUACGUUGUCAUUACGAACGCGAGAACGAACCACUCUAUUCAGUAAAGUGGUAUCGUGGAAAGCAUGAAUUUUAUCGCUACUCACCGUCAGAAACACCGUCUAUUAAAGUAUUCAAUAUAACUGGAAUAACAGUCCAUCGUGAUAAUUCCGAUCACGAGCAGGUGACUGUCAUGAAUGUAGAUUAUGGACUGACAGGGAAUUUUAGCUGUGAAGUAACGGCCGAUGCACCAACAUUUUCCACAGAGGAAAGCAUCAAAAAGUUGCGAGUUGUAUCUCUGCCAAAGAGCAAACCCGUCAUCUCUACCGAACGGAGCCGUUAUGAUCCCGGAGACACGCUCAAAGCAAAUUGCAGUGUUACACCAUCUAAGCCCCCAGUGGAAUUUGUUUUCAAGCUCAACACAAUAGAGAUUGGUCCAAUAAACGCAAGCCAACAGAUGGAAAGAACUGAAUACAACAUGGGAAGUAACUCAGCUUACCAAGAAGGAUCGCAAUUACAAUGGGGCGAACUGAGCAUUGAUCUACUCCCCUUCCAUUACUCAAAUAAUCAAUUAACAAUUCACUGUAUUGCUCGAAUACCCGAUAUCUACAAAGCCGAGAGUGAAGUCCAAGUGCAGGUUGGAUUGAGGGAGCCUGUACCCGCCCAAAUAACUUCAGACAGCAACAGAGCCGUCUACGAUGCGUACCUCAUUGCAGUACUAUCACUACGUGCACUCCAUUCAUUUUUAAGAUAGUCAUGGAACGUUUGAAAUUUCGUGGAAGUAUUGCAGCACGAAAAAGGCCAAAACUAGUCACCAAAUGAGAUAACGAGAGAGACGCAAUAAAAUGACAUGACGAUUUCAAGGAAUAAACUAUUAGAGAGGAUUUUCAUCCGAUGAAACGAAAGAGAGAAUGAAAAAAAAAAUGUUUCAGAUAAGAGAGAUAAAGGAUUGUCGGAAUAAUUGUUAAUCGACGUCGAUUCAUGUAACUUUUAUAUAGGUUUGAUUAUAGAGUUAAGAUGUGAGGCCAUGUACAAGAGUUUUAUAGAAAAAAAAAACAAUUUUUUAUUUUUUGCUUCGUUAAGGUAUCAUCGCCAUUGAUUAUCCUCAUUAAUUUAUCUAAGCUUUAUGGCGUUAUUAAGACUGUUUUCUUUAUCGCGAUUGUUAACCGAGAAUGUCAAAAUUACAUGAUAGAAACUUGCUGGAUAAAGUAUUGAAACUAUUCCUAGAGAAUUUGAUCGAUAAAGUUAUGAUGAGGUUGUUGUCCGUCGAUAGAAUGUCACAAUUUUGACUAGAACUAUGACCUGGAAUUUGAUGUUGAGCAAUAUUACAGGGCCAUGCAUUGAAAAAUAUGGAGUGAAUCAAUAUUCUUCCAAUUUUCAUAUUAUUUUGAUGGACAAAUGGAGCUUGAUCAAUUCUCAAAUAUUUUCACCAAAAUGUGUGUUCACCAAGAUACUGUUCACAUUCGUUAUCAUAAUAGUGAUGAACAUGAUAGCGACAAUGCAUCACAUUAAAAUCAAAAUAAAUUAAUAAACAUGAUAAAAUUAAUUUGUUCAUGAACCAUUCAACCAUUGCGACCCUUGCAGACAUCACGAGAAAUAUCAGCACAUAUAUCUGAUACAUUCCAAAUGAUCACGAAUGUCAACAUCCGCGAUUUCAUCAUUAAAUAGUGUCAAGAAAUUACCAAAUUCAAUUAAACUGACAUGCCAAUUACAAUAAUCAAAGUUCAAUAAUAAACAGCAUUUCGUGGAUAAUGCGAAAACACCGUGUACUCAUUCAGAGAUAACUUCAGGUAAAAACAAAGAGUCGACUUUUUUUUACCCCAGUUUGCUCCGCGAAUAAUGAAAAAAAAGAUGAUCCAAUUAAAAUGGAUAAAAAAAUCCUAUCGAGCAAAUGCGAGCCAUUGAAUCUUCGCAGCACGUGUGUUCAAUUUUUUCAGUGAAACAGAAAAUGUAAUAAUAGUUCAGCAUCUGUUUGGCAAUUUUGUGUAAAAGUGAGGAGCAUGUAAAGGAGAAAGAGAUAAAAAAAUCCAACUUUCCUUCAAAUUGAAACCACUCAACGCCCCAUUCACGUUCUUUUUCCCCCCCCCUCGGAGUAUUUGCACGUAUUUGCGUUGUUCGAGAAUGCGGAACGCUGCCAGAGAUUCAAAGGGGGAUAAAGAUGCGCGAGGGAGUUACAAACACACGUACGUAAAAGAAGUAACGAAUAGGCACUGAGAGACUCAUCUCGCGGUGAUUCAAAAAUAUCUCCUCGACAUGUAUUUCUUGUUUCGAUGAGCAACGCAUAUAUAUUAGAACAUUUUUAAGCUGAUAACGGUAAAAAAAAAAUGAAACGAAGAAAACGACUUCUGUUAUGGUCGAUAUUUAUUGUUGUGUAUAAAAGAAAUAAACUUAUCGAUGGAAACCAA